AUGAAUCGAAUCGAAAUUCAAGCAGACAAGGAUCCAAAAACAUUAGGUUUAUUGUGGUCACCAACUACUGACACCUCAGAAUUUAAAAUCACACCAACAACUAGCAAACGCAUUUUAACUAUCCCACGGCGCAUUUUGAUUAAUAGUUCAAAUUCCGUCGGCACGUCAGAGCGAAUUUAUGGCGCGUGCAUAUAUUUACGGUGUCAAGAAGAUACAGCAAAAUGGGCACGGAGAUUGUUAUCCACUAAAUCUCCAUUAAAAACAAUCUUGUUACUGCGUUUAGAACACUGCGGAGCCUCUAUCACAAAUCUCGACACUUGGAGACAUAUUUCUUCAGAACACAAUCCAGCUGAUCUAAUUUCCCGAGGUGUUGAGCCAAAACGCUUAAUUGAUACAUAUCUUUGGUGGUCAGGGCCCGUUUGGCUUAACAAACCGGAAAAUAUGUGA